CAUCUAGAUGGCCACGGUCACUUAGACAGCCAAUUUUCUGUAAGAAGCAUCAACUGAAACGAACAAUGCCGUCUCCGUCAGAGACAAGCAGCGCGGGGUCGCUGUCUGGCUCUCGGGCUUUCUCAGGCAGCCGAAGGAGUGCUUCAGCCAGGGCCAGAGCAAGUGCAAGAGUGCUUUUGUACCUAGGAGUGUGUCAACUCGCCCUCGGAGUCAUGGUGCUGGCCUUCAGCUUCAGCAGCCUCACUCUGAGCUCCUCAGCACGAGUCCGCCAGUCCUGUCCUCUGUGGGCCGGCUUCUUUGUAGUGGUGUCAGGAAUAGUAGGGGUGAUAUCCUGGAGGAGACCCUUCACCCUGGUGGUGUCACUGUUCAUGCUGCUGUCUGCAGUGUGUGUGAUUCUCAGUCUGGCUGGGUCUAUGCUGUCCUGUCAAAAUGCACAGAUAGUGAAAUCGUACCUCACAUGCCAGGUGGAAAAAAGUCUGUGUUUAUGCUGUGACCCGAAACACACAUGCAAUCUGGAGGAGGAGGAAACUUUAGAGCUGUACCUCCACGCUGACUGUCAUUCAGUACGUCAUCAGCUCAAGGAUCUGCUGUUUAGUGCCUGUGGGCUCAGCAUUCUCUCCACUAUCAUCUGCACUCUGUCAACUGUCACCUGUAGCAUCCAUAUAUUUUCUCUGGACCUGCUACAUCUGCUGGCACCUCACCGCACACGCUCAGUUAACCCAGAAUGCACCACUCCUCAGGAUGCCUUUCUCACUAAUAUGAUGGACUUUGAAGAGUUUGUCCCACCUAUUCCCCCUCCUCCGUACUACCCUCCUGAAUAUACCUGCAGCUCUGAGACUGACGCUCAGAGUAUUACAUAUAAUGGCUCAAUGGAAAGUCCAGUUCCACUCUAUCCUACAGACUGUCCUCCUCCAUAUGAAGCAGUGAUGGGACAAAGAGCUUCCAGCCAGGCCACAGUUUUCGAUGCUCAGACUGGUGAGCCUUCCGCUGAGAGAGGAACCUCCGUAGGCUUCAGUGCAGAAGUUUCAUGCGACAGUGGCUCACUGAUGAUGUCAGAGAUUGUGGAUAUUCCAGAUGACAGCUCUCCAUCGGAGGACUCAUGUGUGCUAGAGGUGGCGUUUGCAGUGCGGGCACGGUCGCGAGGGGUCAGUGAGGGAGCAGAGGUGGGCGACUACACCAGUACACAACCCACUGUGACUCGCCGCUGCUUCAGAGGCGAAAGAUCCAACUCCUGUUCCUCUCCCAGCACGUAUAAUACCUCCAGCUUCAGGUCUCCAGUAAUGAAACGUCAGGCUCUGUUUGCCAGUAGCUGUUCUCAGUUAGAGAUGCUGGGUGGUGCUGCCUCCAUCCGCUCCUCCAUCCCAGAAAUCCUGGUGUGUCCGUGCACUUCUUCCCGACUAGGCUCGUCCUCCGAUGCCACCAAUGUACGAUCUCUGGGUUCUUCAGCUGUCAAUCAAGAUCAACAGGGCAAUGCGGUGAUGCCUGGGCUCCACCCUGGACCGUGUGUCUAUCGGCGAGGUGGAAGGGACAGAAGGGACAGCGAGGGCCUGUAUCUGGUGAGGUCACACAGUGAUCCAGGAUUAAGCUCCUCCAACGAUACAGGUGAUUUAAGUGGUUCAGUUGGCACCAAAGCAGUGGGUGAUUGUGGCUCUAAUACCUCAUCAGACACAGGUCGAUCAUCGGCUUGCCUGCUGAUGCAGCGCUCUCCUCUAGUGUCUGCUGGUUCCUUGCCCAGGAAGGGCAGUCUGAAGGCUGGCACACUGCAGCUGCCCUGCAAACAGCCAGUGGCGAGUUCUCUGCAUGCCAACAAAAACUGCACUCGGUCUUUGGGAGACCUUAAGGUGACUAGAGUGUUGGUGCAGCGCUUACUACAGAGAUCCAAGCGAAAUCUCACCCCUGCAUCAGAUCAUGCUAGUGGAAACAUUAAUCAGGGGUCAAAAAGGAGGGCAAAAGGGGAAGGUCUGCCAGUCGACCAGGUCUUGCGCACCUCCUGGGGUGCCAGCAGGGGACAGCAGUACCAGCAGCGCGUUCACCACCACCAUCGGCGAGGGCAUUCCCACAGCGACAGUCACUACGGUCGCAGCAAUCCUGACCCCGCUAGGGAAGGCAUUCACCUUCGCAGCUGUGGUGACCUGAGCUCGCCAACCAUUUCGUUGCGCAGGCUCCACCCCACUUCACAUGCGUCAUCUGGAGCGUUGCACACCGACGCCACCAUCUGAACAGAGGUGGAGCUGAUUUGAAGGAGGAACACAGGCAGAGAGGAGAUCUAAGUUGAUCAUGAGGGCUAUGAGGAUUUUACCCCAGCUACCAGUAUAGGAAACUCUUAGCCUAGGCAGGGGUACAAGUUACAAGGCAUUCUAGAUAAAUGAUCUUGAUUUCAUACUGAAAUAAAGCAAUCU